AUGGCAUCGCUGAAAGGCCCUGGUGAGACCCAAAUUCACGAUGGCUCCAACCUCCGCAUAGCCAUAGUCCACGCCAGAUGGAACAUACAAAUGGUUUCGGCUCUCGUGGCGGGUGCGCGCAAAUCACUGUUAGCUUCUGGCGUCAGAGAAGAGAACAUAGUGGUUCAAGACGUGCCGGGCAGCUAUGAACUGCCCUUCGCUGUGCAAAGAAUGUACACAUCCUCACAGAUUGAAUCCUCGAACAACCCCACUGGGCCCAUCUCAGCGGUCACGGAUCUGCUGUCCUCCGCUUCCUUGACCGACCUCACAAUGCCAGAACCCACCGCCUCCUCUCCACAAAACUCGUCCAAGUCUUCGACGGCACCUUUGGCAACACCAUUCUCAGCGAUCAUUGCAAUUGGCGUUCUUAUAAAAGGCGAGACCAUGCACUUUGAAUACAUUGCUGACGCAACAUCACAUGGCUUGAUGAAGGUGCAACUGGAUCUAGGAGUGCCGGUUGUAUUCGGAUUGUUGACAUUGCUAAACGAGGAGCAGGGCAGGGCGAGGGCGGGAAUGGAUGGUGGACACUGUCAUGGGGAAGACUGGGGCAGAGUAGCUGUUGAGCUGGGCGUGAAGAGGCAGGUUUGGGCGGAGGGAAAAUUCUCAUGA